AUGUUUUGUAUAAAACUGCUAAGUGCAACUUUGGCUCCUGUUUCCACUCAGUUUAUACGAAACGCAGCACAACUAACAUCCAUCCAUGCCAUCACAUCACUAAAAACUACUCCACCCACGAAGAACCAUUCAGUUGAAGAAGGCAACAAGCGCAAACAAUUACUAGAAAGACCGGGCUUAUUUGGCAUCAAACAGGGUAUGAUAACUUGGUUUACUUCAAAGGGAGAACAAAUUCCAGCAACAGUUUUAGAGAUUGAUUCUGUUGAAGUUAUUGGCCACAAGACUAAAGAAGAGUAUGGCUAUGAUGCCAACAUCAUUGGCACAAUAGACAAGUUGAAAAAUUAUCCACGAUUACACGAAUUGGAAAUGUUUAACAAGGCAGGCACAUCACCCAAAUACAAGUUUGGAGAAUUUAGAGUCCGUGAUUCCACUAAUUUGAUUCCCUUAGGCACUGAACUCAAAGCUGAUUAUUUUGCCGUAGGACAGUUGGUUGACGUUAAAGGUGUUACCAAGGGUAAAGGUUUUGCUGGUGUUAUGAAGCGUUGGAAUUUCAAAGGUGGUAGAGCAACCCACGGUGUUUCCAAAGCCCAUAGAACUCCAGGUGCAAUGGGAGGUAAUCAAAACCCCGGUAGGGUCUUGCCUGGUAAAAAGAUGCCCGGUAGAAUGGGAUGUUCAAACAUGACUGAUUUCAAUAAAGAAGUGUUGCAUGUUGAUGGCGAAGCAGGAAUUUUGAUCUUGAAAGGAUGUAUUCCAGGUCCAAAUAAGGGUAUUGUUAGAAUCUCUGAUGCCGUCAAGUUGUACGGCAAAUCAUUGAAUCAACUUGCAAGAGAGUAG